CAAGUGCUUGGCAAGGCAAAGGCCAAGGCAAACGAUCGACUCUAAGAAUUAAAAUGAGUUCAGCCUUCGGAGUGGCAGUGACAGAAGCAAUAGUGAGGAGGCUGCCUGCGUAUCAAAAUAAAGAAAAAAUAACAAGAGAAGAUCUAGCCAGAGAGGCUAUGAGAUUGAUACAAGAUAAUGGUAAAAACAUCGAUGCUCUCAAGCAAGCGCAGUCAUUAAAAGAUAUCUUCGGGAAUGGGAUAAGCGCAUUGUGCCUGGUUUACAAUGCUACCGGUGGGAGGCUCGACCUUGUGGAGGAGAAGAACUGGUUCGGAAGUACUUACAGGCAAAACCCACCGAGCUAUUUCGAGAAUGGCCAGUGGAUUGCCUUCCUCCACGUCCGACCCAACGUCUUUAGAGGUUGCAGUGGUGCUCGCGUCUUCCGUAGCACCACUGCUUCCGGGGUUCAAGACAUCAUGGUCUCUUGGAGCAUCCCUCUUGCCACUGGAUAUAUAAACACGGUGUGGACCCAGAUUGGAUCAAGAGGCUAUUUUUCGAGUCGAUGGGACUCAAUUUAUAGGACACUGAAUAACAGUAGUGGGAUGAUGAGCAAUGGAAACGUAAACAAUAAUUUAAGGUCACGGGUGGGUAUAGGCGGCUCCAGCACAGCAGAAUGCAUUGCGAUUCUCACCCAUCCAUUUAAUCCAUUACCAAAUGAAUAUUGAAACCAACUAUAAUACACCUAUAAUACAAGAGUAGGAUCUCUUGUCGAUAUGUGUGCUUCACUGCUUCUGACCACGGGGUCACAGUUGUUCCGUUGUCUAUUUUCUAUGAACUCGUAUUUUCUAAGAGAUCAAAAUAUAUAGGAAGUCACAAUAUGCAGGGAGUUGCUGCACAAGCUCCAUGAAGUCAAGCUACAAUUCUGUGAUAGGCUAAGUAAACAAGUGGCUGAUGUGCUUGCAAAAAAUUGUAGAACUUCAAAUAUAGCAUGUAACGUCUACAGGGUUUUCCCUCUCCCCCUAGCUAUUGUGAAACUCAGUAUAUUGAUGAUUGUAACAAACUCUUUUAAGUUAUGUUAGAUGCUUUGUUAACCAUAUAUAUAUGUAUGAAGUAGAAAAAACUAUUUAGUUGAAUAAAGUAAGUCAAACUUUUCGUGGGAAGUUUCAUUUA